UUUAUAUGGGUUGUAUUCACAUGUGUAACGUAGUGAGAACUUUAAGACCGCUUUAUGAAAUUGUUCGAAGUCUUUUACGUUGACGUCUCAUUCGAGGCGUUUUGAAACCGGAAACGGCUACUUUGUGGCGCUACUUUUGGUGAAGCGAAGGUUUCUUAUCAUUUUAUGUGAUUAUAGUUGCAAAGAUAUCGCAGAUAAGUAGUUUUAAUGUUCUCAGUAAAUUAACGAAAAUGCUAUAGCCUACCAAUUAGAUCAUUAAAUUGUUAGUUCGUUUAGUUAAAGUGAUAACUUUAACUAACUUUAACCAAGCAGUCCUAUAGCUUCCAGAUAUGUCUCUAAGUUCAGUGCAGUCCACCUUGUCCACUCUGAAGUCAUGUCAGCCCGAUAUUAGAGCUUGUAUGGACAUGGUAUCAGAUGUUGCGCUGGGAAUAGUUGAAGCACAAGGUAUGGAUAACAGUCCGGCUCUGAAGAAGCUGGAGGAAAUGAUUCUGGAGUGCUCCAGACUGGACAGAGAAAUCAGUUGUUUUGUGGAGUCUGUUGAUGAGAAGACUGCUCAGGUCAGACGUGAACCUCCAGAGGCCAUGUUUCAUCUGAAAAGCUCUGUAAAGGAGCGUUUCACUGAGCUUACAGCUGGAGUUACAGAUGCAGACCUGCAGAGGCACAGCAAGGUUGUUGCCUUCAGAGACAGUGUCAGGAGAUAUGCCAUGCAAGGUCAGACUGCUGCUGAGAAUGAAGAGGAGGAGUCGGAUGAGGACAUUGCUGUAACACAGAGCCAGACAAACUUCACCUGUCCUCUCACCCAGGUUGAAAUGGUCAAUCCAGUGAAAAACAAGAAAUGCGGUCAUCACUAUGACCAAGAGGCUGUACUUGAAAUGAUUAAGGCUAAGCACAAAAAUAAAAAGAAAUUUCGCUGUCCAAAGGUUGGCUGUGGAAACGCAGAUGUUCAGCAGUCAGACCUCGAGCUGGAUUUGGUUAUGAAGAGAAUGAUUCAGAACCACAAGAGACAGAGUGGAAAAACCUAAUUUGACUAAAUCAGUCCUGCAGAUGGUAAUAGUUGUUCUGUCUUUAAUGGGAAAAUGGGUUUGCCUUAAUGUUGAAAUGUAGAACUGGAGUUUUGUUGUAAUAUUUGGUUCAUGUUAUAGUUAAUAUAUAACACUUUUAUGUUUCAUGUUCAUGUUUGUAAUACAGAAAUAAUGCUUGUCAAUGCUGACAUUUUUUAAAAUAAACCUUUGUACAUUCUUUAAACCUCAGAUGAACUAGGCAUUUUAUCCUGCAAUCCUUAGUCAAACGGAGUACGUUCAUCUCUAGGAAUGAAAAUAAAAACCUGCUUCUUUUCAAAACUCAAUUCACAACCAAAUAUUUAUUCAACAUAAUUGCACUGUAAAAUCAUCCAUUAGAAUCAGGCCAAAAGCCAGGCCACAAAGACAUGAAAUCAGCAUGAGACAUGAAAAACUCCACUGGCCAUUAAAACCAGUUUAAAUUGUACAGGUUUAUUACAGUAUCUGCACCAACCCUUUGACUGCCCCAAAACCUUGUGUACAACAACUAAUUAAAACAAUACAAACUUUGGAAAUUC